GGAAUGUCGGACGGAGAGGACCGAAGCUUUGGCAGUAAGAGUCGAGCGGAGAAAGUUUGUGAGAAGCUUAAAAAUUGCUCAAAGAAGCAUUUUAAGAAAAAGAAAAAAUAUAAUGUUAUCUGUGACUUAACAAAAAAACAUUCAGAUAUCAGACGCGGGCGGAACCGUAAAGAGAGAGAGGCCUACGCUACAAGAAAACAGAGAGGGUACAACACGAACGCAGACAGACCCUACGAAUCAGACUGGUUUGAGACAGAAGAUGACAAUGGACCAUCUGCAGCCCAGAAUUUCAGGUCUGAAAGUAACCAGGAAGUUAUCCCUGAUAAAGGUUUGGAAUAAGUGAAAUUUUCUCCAAAUCUUUACUGUAGAAUCGAUGCCUGAGAAAACAAAUUUAUUGUGUUUUGGUUCUUUUAUCCAUCUUUGCAUACUUCAAUUUGCACAUAACCUUCAACUGUUGUAUUGAAGCUUUUGAAAUUUUCUCUAUCAGAAUCUAGAUUAGGGUGUCAAAAGUUAAGUUUUCUUUAUGUAUAUCAUAUCCAUUCACAAUUUGAACAUAAAAACCCUUGCUUUUUUUUCUUUAAUGAUUAUAACUGUGCAAUGAUUAUAGUGUAUCUAGGAGAUAUCUUACUCAUUCUUACAUUUUUCUUCCUACACAUUAAUUCUUAUAUUCUUUGCAAUAUUUUAGCAUUAAAGUGAAGUCCUUGAAAAAUGCAGAUCUAUGUUUUCAAAAAAUAUUGGAAAGCCCAGUCAGUCAUGGUCGUCAAGAGUUGCUUCAGAAAAUGAAAACUGGGACUCAAAAAGGAGCACUCUUUUUCAAAAUGUUGUAAAACAUUUUGAUGCAAAUCUUGGUGUUUGCCAGAUAUGCCACGUCAAUGCAGCAGUUAUAUGUUGUACAGAUUGCUCUCCUGUUGCCUGCUGUUGUUCAGAUUGCGAUGAAACUGUUCACUGCAAUCAGCCACUCCAUGAUCGACUUGCUGCAACAAAUGGUUUUUUGCAGCCAGUAGCUCCUUAUGUAAACAAUAAAGGAAAACCAGUUGAAAGAAAUACGUAUGAAUCAGCUAUUACAUAUUCCAGGGAUCUGUUAAUUUUUUAAAAAGUUGUUUUAUAAGCCAUUGUGUGAUUGACCUGUUUAUCAGCCACCUGGUAACUGGUGUAUCUUUGUAAUCAACUUGCUGCUACUGCAGCUGUGCAAUUUUUCAGCUGAUAAUGAUUGGAAUCAACCUUGGAGAGAAUCAAUGUUUUACACGUUCUGAAUGACACAUCAUUCUUUUUUUGAAGAACAGAUAAAACAUGCAACUGGAUAGGAUCUACAGAACCUUUGAGUAGUUUCCUGUUCCUUUAAGAUGUUAGGCCGGGUUCAUUCCUAGCUUCACCUUUGUCGCACCAAAAUAUCUAUAAAUUUCUUUGUCCUUUAUUGAUGAAAGCCACUCAGUGUUUAGAAUGCUUAUGCGAAUAUUUUUCUUCUUAAAAAAGCUCAUUGUAUUCAGUAGAUACAGUGCAUUUUGUAUUUCUAGUCUACUAAAUAUUGUUGUACUCAUUUUUUAUAAAUUUUAGGGUGCAAAUAUUUACCUCUGCGCCAUUUCUCGUGUGUUUCAUGCGAAGAUACUUACAGCAGCGAUGAAGACUACUUCACACAUAAUGAUGGGUUUCCUGUUACUGUCAUUACUCACAAAGGUUUUCUCCCCUGGACUUCUUUUCAAAAGAAGAAUAUUUUGUAUAGCUUAUAAUAGAUUAUAUGAAAUCGCAAAAUGAAAAUUUAUAGUGUUUGUUGCCUUUUGGCUGCAUUUAAACCAUACUUGCAAUUUUCAAUAUCUCUAAUACUACAGAUAUGUUACUCAUCUUUACAGCAUCAUUAACUCUUACACUCCUAUUGUUUCUCAAGCCCCUAAAUCAGUUCAUUUUACAAUUUGAUGCUCAAACCAUUAUUCUACAACGAUUCCAGAAAGCUUGGAUAUAUCAUGUUUAUAAAUGUUAUUUGACUCAUCAGUUCAAUUAAAAUCUUCUUUGCCAUUCAUAGCAAACAAUGUCUUUGCAGGUCGCCUUGACGUCAUUGUUCAACCAGUGGAGUGUAAGUUUUGCGGGUUCGUUCAAACUUAUUUGGACAUACAAACAGUCAUGAGAAAUGGCUACUGGCCUGGCUCCACCAUCAACAUCAACUGUAUGUAUGCUGUUGAACUCCUUGACUUUUGGAACUUACAGCAGAGUCACCAGUCGAAGUGCUCAGAAACAGGGUUUCUUCAAGUUCUCAGUCAGCUGUCCCGGGAUAAUGCACGGUCGGCAACUAUCAAUUCGUCAUCCUUUCAACGUGCUUCCAGAGAAUGGAAGUUCUGCAAAUACGAGCUUGACUUGCUUGCUGGAAAGGAUUGGAUGCAAUGUCCUCCAUGCUCCGUUUCACAGUUGACGUCACAUAUUGAUGGAAACUCUAAACUACGAAGAUAUCAACAAAGUGGAAGGUAUAUUAUUGCGUAUACAAUAUCAUAUCUGAUACCGUACACUGUUCUAAUGAUCCCAUUAAAUGUUAAACUCGAAGUUGCAAUUUUGAGUCGUCUUGUUCUCUACAACAAACCAUCUAAAAUUCUUCCUAUGUGGCAUCAAGCACUAUACGACAGACAAGAAACAAAGUUAUUUCCAUUAAUGCCAUUAAGACAUGUUAAUGCCACCCCAACGGUACGACUUCUUAUCAUUUCAACGAUGUUUUAUUCAAGGCGUCAUCGACCAACGUAUUAUGGCGAACGGUUUGUUUUUUCGAAUGAAAAUGUUGACUAUCAUGUGGGAGAUUUGUAUAGAAGGACAGGAUGCAAGAAAAUGAAGACGGACAAUCAAUGUGGGAACAGCGUUUGGGAAGCUGCUGCAAACAAGGCAAAGAGAAAGAUGCUAGAUGAGACUGGUCUUUUGUUUAGCAGCUGUAGGCACCAAGUUGCACAAAAAGCGCUCAAUAUGUUCCAGGGAGAGCUUUUUGCCUACCAUCAUUUUUGGCAUCUGAAUGAUGUGUUGAAAAGAGAAGCUAAAUUCUUUUUUCAGGAUAUUGCUUGUAGAUACAAGACGUGGGUGGAGAAGAUUGACCCAGUUAACGCGGCGAAAGUCACAUUUGCAGUCAAUCUUAUGCAUGGUGCUGGACAUGACUGGACGUGUCAGCUAUUCGAAGGAGGCAGGUUCAAAGAGGGAAUCGGUAGAAGUCACGGUGAAGACUGCGAGAUAGUGAACAGCUUUUUAUCCAGUGCUAGCUGUAUAACUCAAAGAAUGAAGUCGGAAGUUCGGGAAGAGUAUUUGACUGAGAUGAUUCUUAGUUGGAAUCAAAGAUGCAUCUUUGAUAUGCCAAAAGCAUUAGUAAAGCGAAGGAAAACCACAUUUUUCAUAUCUUUUGCAAACCAAUCUAUGUACAAUUUUUUAGACACUUCGAAAGAAUACAUACGGUUAUUGAAGAACAUGAGUAGAAUUAAAAUAGACAUGGAGAAUACUAUUUUGCUCUACAACGAGAUUGCUGUUCAUUUUAAUGAAGCUGAGGCUACUUUGCAAAGUGCACUGUCGGACCAGGGAAUAUAUGCCACAGAAAAUUCUACUGCAGUUUCGAUUGCCACUAAGAGACAUGUUGUCGAGCGCAUGAUGUUUGACGAAAGAUGCAAGGAAGAACUGGACCAUUUAGCUUUGGAGAUGGCAAACUAUCUCAAGUUCUAUGCCGACAAAGUGAUUCCAUCCCUCGAAGAGAGAAAAGCGGCUUUUCUUGAAACGUUGACAAACAAGGACCCGAAAGUAACAAUUGAAGGCGAAGCUGAGGUUGGCUGUCAAGAUAACGGAGAAGUAGCUCAGGGAAGAAGAGAUUGUUCGAAAAGAUAUAGUGUUUCUGCUAGUGAAGGAGGUGGUGGUCUUUUGUCGAUUCUAAACAAAGGCAUCGAUUUUGCGAAAAGCCAGCUGCGAAAGGGGUACGAGACCUUUUCCCAUGUCAGUGGAGGCACAGAGGAUACAGGUUUUACGUUUCUUGAACCAGAACCUGAAGGGCAAGAGCCAUCGGAAAUUCAACCGGCCGAUUUGCAAAGUAGCGAAAACGUUGAGUGUGAUGAUAGUAUUGAUGGUGACGAUAGCAACGAUGGUGACGAUGAAGACACGGAAUGUAGUUUCCGCGCAAUCGAGAUCAAACGCAGAAGCCUCUCAUUUGCCCCUAAAAUCGUGCGUGGGGGAUUUUUCGGAAAGGGUGAAGACUGCAUUCUUCUGAUGUACGAAGAUAGUUUUUCCCAAAAUACUAUCAAUGGUCGCAAUGGCAGUAAUGCCUGCUCCUUCAUUGCAGUCAUCUUUGCUUUCUUGUUUUUGAAGGAAAAAAUUGAAGUUGGGCCUUUUGAAGAACAAAUACAAAAAAAGUUCAACGAAAUUCUUUACGAAGCGAUGGCUAAAGGAAAUGAAAUUUACGACAAGUGUCGCAGAAGCCUACCUCAUCGAUAUUGCUCCAUAACUGAAGUCUCGGAAAGUAUGACUGAAUUGUUACCAUUUACUGUGAAGGAGGAAAAGCCUGUUUCGGUAAAAAACGAGCAUUUCAUGUCGACAUUGCGAGGGCAGUUGGAGUUUUUGAUGUUUUUCAAGAAGCCCUUUGCAAUAGUAUUCGUUUGCAAUGAGAAAUCGUCUGUAUUCUGCAGUGACGGAAAGAAGAUUGCUUUUGUAGACACACAUUCACAUUUUUACGGGGGUACAGCUGGAGGAGCUAUUCAUAUCUGUGCCGAAAAAGAAUUGGACACAUUUAUUUAUUGGGUGGCAGAGGUAAUGGAGCUUCCGGAUAAUGUGUAUGGAAACUUGACAUUUUUACGAUUUCAUUAAAUAUAAGGAAAUGUUAUUGUAUUAACAAAGAUAUCUUCUGCUAUUGUACGAAUCCUUUCUGGUUCCCAACGACCAACUACUUCUGCUUCUAAGUAAAGUUUCUCAAACCCCACAUCUUGACAAAAAUACACAUCACACCCUUAGAACGUACAGGCUGACGAAGACCUACGCUUCAAUUUGAUUUUCCAUAUCUUGUGCGUUUACUUAAAGAACAGGUCACUUAGCUCUACACCUAAAACCGAGGUAUCAAAUUUGGUUGAUUUUUCCUUCCUUCCAUGAAGUUGAUUUUUACCACUUUUAAGAGCAGAAAUUCAAAAAAGACAAUAAACACUCUUCGUUAGUUUGAUCAUCUUAUGUAAAUCAAUAGGCAUACAACGGACAUGGUGUGUGCUUUAUAUAAAUUACACUUUCCAUUGAUUUACAUCGUAAAGUGGCCCUAACCAAUUGCAUUUUGUUGCUAUUGUUGUAGAAUAAUUACGUAGAAAUUUUAUUUGCAGUAAAAAUUAUUGUUUCAUUAUUAAAAAAUAGACUACAUUCCAAGUAAAGCCUAGAUUAAUUAGAUAAAACCAUUAUACAUCUCUGCUCUGUGUUAAUGUGUUUUUUAGUUUAUCUGUAUUCGUUCGAUUUCAGUAUAUAUUAUCUUUGCGGUCACUGAUUAAAUAUGUAAAGGAUUAUAAUUUAAUAAUGGAGUUUUCUUCAAAAUUAAUUUUUAUGAUGUGAGUGAGUAAGUUAAAGGCUGUAAGCAUUUAUAAGUCAAAGCGCUCUAUAAUGUCUAAAACGCUCUGUAAUCUCAAGAAUAUAAUGUUUUAAAUAAACUGUCAAAAUUUGUUUGGUUUAGUUUCUAAUCAUUCAGUAUAAACAAAGCCAACUGUUAAGAAGAAGGAACGUAUGCAGUGUUAAAAAUCUUUGUCAGUUAUCCAAUUUUCUGGGGAAUUAAUACGCGAGUCUUUCAGUAAAUUUCAAUAUCUACAAAAAAAGCUUUCAUUUUACGCUAAAGUGCGUUUACUUCAAACAUAAAAAACUAUAUACUACAGCCCAAUACACUUCAAAAAAAUAUAAAAAUAAGCAACAAAGAGAUAUCAGGUGUUUAAUGCUUUAAAUGCCAAUUUUCCAUCACGAACAACGUUACAAAAAAUAAAUGUUUUUGGAAGAGCAUAGCAAACGCCUGGGGUCAGGAACUUCUUUUCUUCGGAAGAGGUAUCGAAACAAAUUGGCGCAGCAAUCUUCUUUGUUACAGCCAAAAUCAUCACGCAAACGUGAUCUGGGGGAAUAACUGCACCAUCACUUUGCUUCAUAUUUGGCAAAACUUUCCCAACAGCAACAGGAUUACCAUCAACGAAAUACGAAACUCCUUAACAAUAUAAUUAAUAACAAAUAUAUAAAUUCGGUACAAAAAAUAUAGGCUUGAAUCAUUUUUACUGAUAGGAAGAAAAAUAAAAAAUGAAAGAAUUGUCUACAGUUAUUCCAAUAAUCAAACCUCUUGAGAUUGAUGAUGUUGCAGAAGAUGCUAAAAGGAAAUUAAGGAGCAUUGAUUUGACAAUAUUUCCAUCAAUAUUCUCAUAAGAUCGAACAAAAUACAUGGAUGAAAACGAUAAUGAUUGAAAUGUUCAAACCUCUUGAGAUUGAUGAUGUUGCAGAAGAUGCUAAAAGGAAAUUAAGGAGCAUUGACUUGACAAUAUUUCCAUCAACAUUCUCAUAAGAUCUAACAAAAUACAUGGAUGAAAACGAUAAUGAUUGAAAUGUUCAAACCUGGCGAUAUUGAUGAUGUUGCAGAAGUUGCUAAAAGGAAAUUAAGGAGCAUUGAUUUGACAAUAUUUCCAUCAAUAUUCUCAUAAGAUCGAACAAAAUACAUGGAUGAAAACGACAAUGAUUGAAAUGUUCAAACCUGGCGAUAUUGAUGAUGUUGCAGAAGUUGCUAAAAGGAAAUUAAGGAGCCUUGACUUGACAAUAUUUCCAUCAAUAUUCUCAUAAGAUCGAACAAAAUACAUGGAUGAAAACGACAAUGAUUGAAAUGUUCAAACCUCUUGAGAUUGAUGAUGUUGCAGAAGUUGCUAAAAGGAAAUUAAGGAGCAUUGACUUGACAAUAUUUCCAUCAAUAUUAUCAUAAGAUCGAACAAAAUACAUGGAUGAAAACGACAAUGAUUGAAAUGUUCAAACCUCUUGAGAUUGAUGACGUUGCAGAAGAUGCUAAAAAGAAAUUGAGGAGCAUUGACUUGACAAUAUUUCCAUCAAUAUUCUCAUAAGAUCUAACAAAAUACAUGGAUGAAAACGACAAUGAUUGAAAUGUUCAAACCUGGCGAUAUUGAUGAUGUUGCAGAAAAUGCUAAAAGGAAAUUAAGGAGCAUUGACUUGGCAAUAUUUCCAUCAACAUUCUCAUAAGAUCUAACAAAAUACAUGGAUGAAAACGACAAUGAUUGAAAUGUUCAAACCUGGCGAUAUUGAUGAUGUUGCAGAAGAUGCUAAAAGGAAAUUAAGGAGCAUUGACUUGACAAUAUUUUCAUCAACAUUCUCAUAAGAUCGAACAAAAUACAUGGAUGAAAACGACAAUGAUUGAAAUGUUCAAACCUCUUGAGAUUGAUGAUGUUGCAGAAGAUGCUAAAAGGAAAUUGAGGAGCAUUGACUUGACAAUAUUUCCAUCAACAUUCUCAUAAGAUCGAACAAAAUACAUGGAUGAAAACGACAAUGAUUGAAAUGUUCAAACCUCUUGAGAUUGAUGAUGUUGCAGAAGAUGCUAAAAGGAAAUGAAGGAUCAUUGACUUGAAAAUAUUUCCAUCAAUAUUCUCAUAAGAUCGAACAAAAUACAUGGAUGAAAACGACAAUGAUUGAAAUGUUCAAACCUCUUGAGAUUGAUGAUGUUGCAGAAGAUGCUAAAAGGAAAUUAAGGAGCAUUGACUUGACAAUAUUUCCAUCAACAUUCUCAUAAGAUCUAACAAAAUACAUGGAUGAAAACGACAAUGAUUGAAAUGUUCAAACCUCUUGAGAUUGAUGAUGUUGCAGAAGAUGCUAAAAGGAAAUUAAGGAGCAUUGAAUUGACAAUAUUUCCAUCAACAUUCUCAUAAGAUCUAACAAAAUACAUGGAUGAAAACGACAAUGAUUGAAAUGUUCAAACCUCUUGAGAUUGAUGAUGUUGCAGAAGAUGCUAAAAGGAAAUUAAGGAGCAUUGACUUGACAAUAUUUCCAUCAACAUUCUCAUAAGUUCUAACAAAAUACAUGGAUGAAAAGGACAAUGAUUGAAAUGUUCAAACCUGGCGAUAUUGAUGAUGUUGCAGAAGUUG